GCUUUAAGUGCCGUCUGACUGUUCGAGUAGGUAAAUUUAUUCUUACAUAAGUAUGACUUCUCCUGUUCGUAAGUGUUCAAUCGCCUAGUUUAUGACAGCGACUUCAGUUUGAAAGACACUGCAGUGGUUGGGUAAGCGAAAGAAUAUUUCCAGCCCCGGCCGGGCAGAGAAGAGCUCAAUCCACCCUUACCGUCUAGCUUGAGCCAUCGGUGUAGAGGUGCAGUCAUCCCUUUUCAUCAGCAGCACCUCCUGACCAGAUUGUUUUCUCUGGACUGGAAACCCUAUACCUCUUUGUAAAGUUCAGACUUGGUGAACGCUAAUCCGCGUGCGGCAUAUUUCCUUUCUUUAAGAUUGCGGUGUGGCCAUCCUGUGUGUCUCUCCAGCCUGGUAGUUCCCUUAGCCUCUAGGCGGCGCGCCCCGCUGAUUAUUUUCCAACAAAUUCGAUUGGCAGAAUAUUGAGUAAGACGCGCAUUACCUCCGCUAGAGCUCUGCGUAGAACCCCGCAACAUGCAGAGCACUUAACAUCAGUAAUAUACUCGUAUGUACAUACAUGCAUAGGUACAUAUACAUAAAUAUACAUAAUAUUUUCGAGAAUACAUAUAUGUAUGUAUAUGUUUGUAAAGCGCAUCAAUAACCGGCACACAUUGACCAUGAAAGUCAGCCAGCAACAGAGGCGGCUCCUAGUCAAGAAAUCCCCAAACAGUAAACAUAAAAAAAAGUAAACAUGAGCAAAAAAAGGUCCACCAACUGCUGGUGCAACAUCAGCACGCUUUUGAUAAGAUAAAAAUCAAUCAUGAAUCGAUCGACAAUGAGACAAUUAUCGUAUGGCAUAUCAACAAUUAGCAAUUCUUCAAGAAGGCCAUGAGAACUAUGCACACAGCGGCGGUAGGAGAGCAAGAGGAGUCUUGAAUGUCACCCGGCCAUUAGCUAGCAAUUACACAAUUAGUUAUUAGUACUCCAUAGGCUGAUCGAGUGUAAUGUCGCCGCGCAUAGUGCUAGCAUUUUGGUAUGCCUUUUUCGCUUGCGUGUGUCACGCUGAUGUACAAGUUGAGUAUCCAUAUUGUUUUCGCUUCACAUGGAUUGGUCCAUAUCAAGAUAAGCGCCAUAUUGCCGGUUUGACGUGUGAACAUUUACGCGAAGAUUUCAAAAAUGUGCCAUGUAGGCGACCAUUAGUGGCUACGGAUAAUGAUGCUAUACCAGAUACGGUGGACUUGUGGCAUACUAACAUUAAAAACCCAAAUGCAUUUGGUUGUCCAAUGGUUCCGGGCGAGACGUGUGUUAAGUACACGUAUAUCUAUAAUAAAGGAGUUCAAAACAUCACCUAUAUGUGCGCUAAAGUGAAUGCUACCAGCGGUUGUUAUCGCCAAAAAUAUAUAUCCGGCUUAGAGGUAGAAGUUUGCGUUUGCGAUUCACAGUUGGGUACGAUGCCGUGCAAUGACGCGCCGAUCACGAUACAAAAGUUUUUGAAAACUUGCCUUUUAACUCUAUUAUUAACCAUUUUUGCCAGAGGUUUGGCUGCUGUGACACCAUAGUUAAUAAGUAAACAAUAAUUGCUGUUUUGGGCUUAAAUACAUUAAUUUAAAAAAUAAUUAUAC